AUGCAAAACCACGAAAACGUUGUUGCGAUGGAUACUCCUUACAUGCCUGUUUCGCAGCUUUUGUCAUUGAAUGACGAUCCUGAAAUACGACGAACUCGUAAAAUUCUUCUAGUUAUACUUGGUGUGCUUUUCGUUCUCGCUGUACUUGGUACAAUUGGUUCGAUUGCUGGCAAUGGAGUUACGAAUAAUUUCGGAUACUCGUCACGCGGUGUUCAAAUUGGUCGAUCUCUUAUUUCAGUUGUUUUUCUCAGCUUUGGAUAUUUGGUCGCUCAUCGAUACUCUAAAAUAGGCUUACUAGUGUUUGCUUGGUUAAACAUUAUUGGAUUGGUUAUUAGUGGUAUUGCGGUAAUGCUGCUUUUCGUUUUAGGUUUGGUUUCUUUAACUAAUCCAAGCUCAGUUAAUAAUACUCAAGCCUAUGGUAUUCUGAUUGGUGAAUCAAUAGUUUUCUUUGUUGUAAUUGUUAUUAUCAUUGCAGCUUUUAUUCUUCAAAUUGUGAUUGUAAAGUUUGCUUUCAAAUUGGCAAGACUUAUCGAAGCCAACAAGUCUUCAUUUCGUCAACAAAUUUAA